AUCCGUCUUCUAGUUACGAGUUGAAACCCAGUUGAAAAUAUACAUUCUUAAGUUAUUAAUUGAUAUAUUUUACUAUGAAGACCGUGUUUGUUUGCUUGUUAUUCGUGGGCUUGGCUUUGGCCAAGCCUGCGGGAGAUGAGGACAAUUCGAGAGGGUGUAGAUACAUUAUGGGGAAAUGUGUCGAACAAUGCCCAGUGGGCACCCACGCCUACACCACGGGCUGCGGCCACCUAACCCCAGAGGCGACCUGCGCCAACCCGAACCCCAAAGAAGACACACGCGGAAAAAUCUGCGACUACUCCUCUUGUUACUGCGACGCGCCCACUGUGCGCGACGAGAAGACCAAGCAAUGCGUUAGCUUGGACAAGUGUACUAAAUAAAUGAAAUAAUAGUCGAUUUUUCGUGAGACAUCGAGAAAAUUUACGUUUUAAAACAUGUGUCAUGUUUAAAUGAAUAAAUUGGUUUUACUAUC